GGCCUUUUCCCUGGGGCCGCUGCGACCUGGUGUCACAUGACAUCAUCGCGCUUUCUUGUUUUCUUUUUUUUUCUUUUUUCUUUCAGACUUGAUGCACCAGGCUCUGGCGCUCGUAAUUGUACAGGUGCUUUUGAAAUGCCUGUGUUAGUGAAUUAUUCGCUCGUAAGAUUUGAUGUGAAACUUGGUCGCCAUGAGAACUUGGCAUCUUGUAUUAAAUCGGCAGUUCAGCUUUGUCAGCGGAAGCGGAACGGAUCGUUUGUGGUGCCCGCCUACGUCCCAGCUAACAUACGUAUCACCGUCACCUCCACUAGGCCCCUCUUGAAAGCUUAAAAGCCGGUCUGUGAGUUGCCGAUGGCCGUAGUACGGUGCAUAUAUAAGGUGGAUGGUGUCACAGCCAAAGGCGACAAAAAUGAGAUCUCAUGUAUCUCAUAGACUGUAUUCUUCAAAAUAGCCAUGGCAACAUCGCGAUCUCGCGGAUCAGCACUAUAUGUCAACGAAGACGGCACUGCCAAAGUCCUCCGCAAUGUAGCAACACCAGAGCCGGAUGCAAGGGAAAUCCAGGUCGAAGUGCUCUAUUCAGGUUCCAAUCCAGCCGACAUUGCACAUGCUCACCUCGGAAUCACUUCAACUGUGAUGGGCUAUGACUUCAUGGGCAAGGUCACUAAAGUCGAGCCCAACUCUGCCUAUAGAGUUGGAGAUUUGGUUGCGGGUUACACACCUACAGGUAUCGGAAGACCAUCAAAGUACGGCGCCCACCAACCAUAUCUCGUUGCUCCAGAGAAUUAUACCUGGCGGGUGCCGAGCGACGUACCGCAUGCCCAUGCUGCUGUGCUAUCAGUGAUUGUUUGCACUGCAGCGGAUGCAUUGUUCAAUAUCUUCGGGUUUCCCUUACCUGGAGAGCAAGGACCAGAUGGUACCAGGGCAGGACCAUUGUUGAUCUGGGGAGGGUCAACUAGUGUCGGUAUCGCGAUGAUGCAACUUGGACGCGCGAGCGGCGCGCAUCCAAUCUUCGUGACUGCUUCGUCCAAGCGACAUGCUAUGCUCAAGGGACUUGGCGCCACCCAAUGCUUUGACUAUUCCGACACUGACGUCGUGUAUCAAAUCAAAAGGGCAGUUGAUGAUGCAAAGGUUGGUCCGAUACUUUACGCAGCAGAUUGUGUAGGUUCGCCAGAUAAUGCAGAGAAAGUGACAGCAGUUGCUUCGAAUCAAACUAAGCUAGUUUCAACGAGAGGGCAGCGGGAUGGGAGGUUUCAGAUGCCGUUCGCGACAAAGGGUAAUGACAUUACAUUACGAAUACCCGGAACUGAUAACAUCACGAAAAUAUCAGCUCAACCAGCGCAACAGGCUCAGUUGUGGAAAGGGCUCGAGUGGGCGGUAAAGAACUACGGCUCGGGCUUCAUGAUGCCGGCUGUUGACGUGUUUGAAGGAACGGCAGAGGACGCCCUGCGGAGAGUCAACGAUGUAGCAGAGGGUAGAACCUUUGGGAAACUUGUGUUGAAGCAUCCAUUGGCUUGAGGU